UUAUAAAUCACACAUAACACAUGUUGUAAUUAGUAAAAAAAUAUACUUGCAAUAAAAUGAAAUCAAAACGUUAUUUCACCGAUGAAAAUGAAAAAUCAAUUGAUUGUGAAAAACAAGCAAUCAAAAAAAAGAAUGACAAGAAAAAUCCACACAAAGUAAUUAAAAUAAAAACAAAUUUAAAUCGGCGUUUUAUGCAAAGAAAUCAGCAUGAUUUGAACAAGAAAAUCAAAGGCCGUGUACCUGUAGAUAUUAAUUUAUUAAAAAAACAUAGUCGGGGAGAAGGAAUUAGUAACUUUAAUCGUAUUCAAACAAAAUUUCGUGCGACAAAAUUUAAAAAAAAAGAUAAAGCAAUUGAAUGGGCAGCUGAGCAAACUGCUCGAACAGAAAUUUUACUAACUGAAGAAAGUGGAUUGUUAGAGGCUGAUGAUGGUGAAACGACAACACAGUACCGACAAACACAAAUUGUUGAAAAUGUAGAUAUAACAAGCGCAACAAAAAGUUUCGAAUUACAAUUAAAUGAAUUUGGACCAUAUCGAUUCAGAUACACAAAAAAUGGUCGACAUUUAUUAUUAGGUGGCCGUCGAGGGCACAUUGCAGCAUUUGAUUGGGUAACAAAACAAUUGCAUUGUGAAAUUAACGUUUUGGAGGCAGUUUACGAUGUAAGUUGGUUACAUUUAGAAACUAUGUUCGCUGUCGCACAAAAGAAUUGGCUUUACAUUUAUGAUAACCAAGGAAUUGAAUUGCAUUGUGUUAAGAAAUUAAAUAAUGUUUUAAGGAUGGAAUUUUUACCUUAUCACUUUCUCUUAGCCACCGCUAGCGAUUUGGGAUACUUAAGUUGGUUAGAUACGUCAAUAGGACAGUUAGUGACUCAAUACAACACUAAAUUAGGACGGCUCUCGUUAAUGACGCAAAAUCCAUACAAUGCUGUAAUUUGUUUAGGCCAUGCAAAAGGUGUUGUAUCCAUGUGGACACCAAAUUUAUACGAGCCCGUUGCAAAAAUGUUAUGUCACAAAGCUCCUAUGUCUGGUAUUUGUAUAAAUCCUAGUGGUACUUUUAUGGCUACAUCGGCUGUUGAUAAAAGUUUAAAAAUUUGGGAUGUACGAAAAUUAUCUGGACCAUUGCAAUAUUACAAAUUACCUGUGGCUGCGACAAAUAUAUCAUUUUCUCAGAAGAAUUUAUUAGCUGUUGGAGUUGAAAAUAUUGUUGAAGUUUAUAAGGAUUGUUGUGUUCAAACAGCUAACAAACCGUAUUUACGACAUAAAAUGAAUACCAGUGUUCAAAAUUUACAUUUCUGUCCGUAUGAAGAUGUGUUGGGCGUAGGCAUGGAAAGAGGUUUUACUAGUAUACUCGUUCCAGGCGCUGGUGAACCUAACUAUGAUGCUUUGGAAGCAAAUCCAUAUCAAACAAAAUCACAGAGACGUGAGGCAGAAGUUAAGGCAUUACUUGAAAAAAUCCAACCCGAAUUAAUUUGUCUUGAUCCGAAUACAAUAGCGGCAGUGGAUGUACCAACACUUAAAGAAAAAUUAGAUGCUAAAAAGAAAUUGUUGUUUGUAAAAGCACCCAAAAUUAAUUUAGAAUCUAGAAAACGUAAUAAACAUAAAUCUUCUGUAAAGGCUGCAAAAUCCAAGAAAAUUAUGAAAGAAGAAGCGAAACGAGAUUUUGUUAGAAAGAUUAAAGAAGACACCGUUGAAGUUAAGAAGAAACCAAAAGAUAAAUUAAAGAAAAGGGAUGUGUUGGACCGAUUUAAAACGAAAAAAUAA